GCGACGCCGCGGCCAUGUCGGACCUGAGCUCGGAGCAGGGCUCGGAGGCCGAGGCCGAUCUAGGGGAGUAUGAUGGUGAACGAAACUCUGAAGGUGAGCGACAUGGACAUGGAAAAGCAAAGCUACCCAACGGUGAUACCUACGAUGGAGAAUAUGAACGUGGUUUCAGAAGUGGAUGGGGGACCUACAGAUUUAAAAAUGGUGCUCGCUACAUAGGACAGUAUCUUCAAAACAAAAAGCAUGGCCGGGGUACUUUUUUUUAUCCAGAUGGAUCAAAAUAUGAAGGAGACUGGGUGGAUGACCAGAGACAUGGCUAUGGGGAGUAUACGUAUGCAAAUGGAGACACCUAUACUGGAGAAUGGUUUAAUCAUGAUAGGCAUGGGCAAGGUAUAUAUGUCUAUAAAGAAACAGGAUCUAAGUAUGUUGGUGGUUGGGUAAAUGGAAACCAGGAAGGAGAAGCUGAACUGAUCCACCUAAACCAUAGAUUCAAGGGCAAGUUUUUGAAUGGAAAUCCUGUAGGUUAUGGCAAAUAUAUCUUUGAUAUUGGGUGUGAACAGCAUGGCGAAUACAUACAGGAUAAAGGAGAGGGAGAAGAAGAGGAGGAACCCUCAUUACUUCCUGGACCAAAAUGGAAAGCAUCAGAAAUUACCAAACUAACACUAUGGACUCCCCAUGGGGAAAACCCACCUUCUCCCAGAAAAGUCUCCUUAGUGACAGCUGUAGCAGAAGCAGGUGAAGUAAGAACAGAAACAGCUGUAACUGGGGAGGAGGAAAUGCCACCAGCUGCAGUCACUGAUGAGUUUUCUGAGGGUAAGGAUGAUGAGCUUUCUCUUCAUGAAGUAUCCAGCAAAACUGUUAGUUCAGCAAAACAUUCAGGAGAGGAAGAUGAGGGAACCCAAGACGCAGAUGAGAGAAGCCAAGGGGAAGAAGAAAACAAAGCUCAGGAGGAUGAAGCAUCUACUAAUUUAGAGGAUGAAUCAAAGGGAACGGAGUAA